GCAGGGAGAACAUGCUCAAAGCCCGGAGCGGAAGGCUUCAUCAGUGCCGUGUGUCAGCGCCGGGUGGGAGGUCGACAUCGAGGAGGAGAGUCGUCGAUGAUACGAGGAGUAGGUAUCCGUCCGGAAGCGGUGCAGAAUGACUCUCCCGAGCGCGCGAUGGACGAUUGAAGGGGCUUUGCCGUGGAGGAGUGGCAGCGCAAUCUCAAGAAAAAUCUCGGGUCUUCUACUAUAUUCUCCUGUCUUCCUUUUUGAGUUUGGGCCUUGAAGGUGAGACUCAAUUGCCCCGUUUCCCGCCUUCUUGUGGUUUCCUGACGGAGCAGGAUAUCUGCUGUUCUGCUCACCUCGUGCUCGAUUCUAGAGGAGCGGAUUGUCUUCCAGUAGAGAUUUGCGAGUCUGGAAGCGAUGGACACCGAUGCCUCUUCCGCUGCUCCGGCGAAGCCUGGACCACAGAUGGAUACCAAAAUUUGGGCAGGAUUCCACCAAAAUUUUAGUCAAGUACAGUACCUGUUGGAUCACAAUCGACUGCUUAUCAAUGAAAUCAAUCAGAAUCAUGAGUCCAAAAUUCCCGAAAGUCUCACUCGUAAUGUUCUGCUGAUUAGAGAGCUCAACAACAAUAUCACUAAAGUUGUUGACUUGUAUGCCAGCCUCUCCGUGUCAUUUGUAAAACUUUUUGAUAACAAUUCGUCAGAAGAAGACACUACAAGGGCCUCAUCGAAAGCAGGCGAAACGAUUGGAGUCAUGAAACCCCCUCCUGCAUCCCAAGGCAUGAAGAAUGUACGGUCAUCUAUGGACUAAGUGUUCUGCCCAAUUUGUAUAUGCAACGUAGUUGCGUCAAUCUGACUCGGUUGAUUUCGGAAUCUAGGCAAGAAAUCGUCUUAGUCUCUGUAGCCCAUGUCUACCAGGGUGGUAGGUCGAUGCUGUGUAAUUCCAGUACCGCAAAUAAAUAUGUGCCGUUCUUUCUGUAUAGACGAAACAUCCUAUAAUACUCCCGAGCUUAGAUAUGUACGGGCAGUUGAUCCCAUCAGUCAGAUUAGAUUAGUUAGGUUUAUCAUUCCUACAAGAGUUGUGGCUUGAGAAACACAUGUGGUGAUGGCCGUUGUAGUCCGUCCUUUGUGGAUGAACAAUCAUGUUGUAUUGCAACUCUUGGGUGAUCAGGUGUUUACUAUUCAUUUGGAAGUGAACUUAGAGACGAGUUCAGAAUAAUAAGGCAUACUACGUGUUGGACAAUGUGCACGACAUGGCAUGGAGUUCGCAUGCAGGACACCAACAUGUCUCGGUUACAGAAGUAUACACUGUUGGGAGAGUUAGGACAGUCCUCCGACAUCAGCCAGCGGUUCAUGCUGGAAUUAUAGUGCUCAAGUUUAAGUUUUGCUGGUCAAGCAUUAUGAGCUAGAGGACUAUCCAGAUCCCAGGAGAAUGGUACGAAAAUUCUCAUUCCAUUAUGGUGCAUCACACACUAUGCAGUCUUCACGUAUUGGGGAUAGCACUUUUAUUUGGGAUCAUAUCGUUGAGUAAACCGCUCACCCUGCGAAUCUGUAUUUUCUUCGUAUUCCUGAUCACAGUGUGCGGGAAUCCUCCCACAUAAUCUGCCUGAUGUGAACGUCUAGGAUCGGUGUAAGCUUUUAAUUUGAAUUCGUAAUCAACGG